GGUGCGGGCGGCGGAGCGCGCGAAGAUGGCGGCGGGCAGGCGCGCCCCGCGCACCGGGCUGCUGGAGCUGCGCGGCCCCGGCGGGCAGUGGCUCCGCGUCCUGCUGACCCUGGCCGAGGACGUGCUGGGGGUCAGCCCGGCGGACGGCCCCGGGCCCGGCCCCGAGGCCCCGGCGGCGCAGCUGAACGGCGGCGAGCCGGGCUCCGCCGCGCCCGAGGCGCUCGCCAACAUCAGGCGCACCGUGCGCGUCGUCAAGCAGGACGUGGGGGGGCUCGGCAUCAGCAUCAAAGGUGGCCGAGAGAAUAAAAUGCCCAUCUUGAUCUCCAAGAUCUUUAAGGGGCUGGCAGCAGAUCAGACYGAGGCGCUGUACGUGGGUGAUGCCAUCCUCGCCGUCAACGGCACCGACCUGUCYGAGGCCACGCACGAUGAGGCUGUGCAGGCCUUGAAGAAGACGGGCAAGGAAGUGAUCUUGGAAGUGAAGUACAUGAAGGAGAUCUCGCCCUACUUCAAGAACUCCUCAGCGGGGGCGACGGUCAGCUGGGACCCCUCUCCUGCYGGCCAGCAGAAGCGAUCCUCCCCGCUGCUGCCUGCUCGGGAGCUCCGGGAGAGCCGGAGCGUCCCUCUGAAGAUGUGCUACGUGUCCCGCAAGUGCCUCCCCACCGACCCGGAGCACAGGUACCUGGAGGUGUGCUCUGCGGACGGGCGCGUGGCCCUCUUCCUGCGGGCGAAGGACGAGGCCACGGCGCAGUCGUGGCUCGGCGCCAUCCAGGCCAACGCGGCCGCGCUGCUGCCGCGGGUGAAGGAGGAGCUGCGGGUGCAGCUGGCGGGGGCUGGCACCGUGGCUGGACGRGAGGUCAAGCAUGUGGGCUGGCUGACCGAGCAGCUCCCUAGUGCCGGCACCAGGAACCUGUUGGCCGUGCUCACGGAGAAGGAGCUGCUGCUGUACGGGAGCCUUCCACAGAGCCGGGAUGCCCUGGGCAAGCCCACGCACAGCUACCCCCUCAUCGCCACCAGGCUGGUGCACUCGGGGCCGGCCAAGGGCUCGGCGCCCUACGAGGCCGAGCGCUCGUUCGCGCUGCGUGCCGGCGGCCGCCUGGGCGUGCAGACCCAUCUCUUCAGCCUGGAGAGCCCCCGAGAGCUCGCCCUGUGGACGCGGCUGCUGGUGGACGGCACCCACGGCGCCGCCGAGCUGGCCCAGGAGGUCUCGGCAGCCUGCACGUGGAAAGGGCAGGACUGCACCCUGACCGUCCACAUCGACAAGGGCUUCACCAUCUCCACCAGCGAGCCCGGGCUCAGCAGGACCAUCCUGCUCCAGCAGCCCUUCGAGAAGCUGCAGAUGUCCUCGGAUGAUGGCACCAAGAUGCUCUACCUGGACUUUGGAGGCCCGGAGGGAGAGAUUCAAUUGGACCUUCACUCCUGCCCCAAAACCAUCGUGUUCAUCAUUCACUCCUUUCUGUCGGCCAAGGUGACUCGGCUGGGGCUGCUGGCGUGAUGAGGGAGCACAGCAUGGGGCGGAGCAGCCCACGCCCCAGGCCCAUCUAUGCAUCUCCCUCCUGGCCGAACCCAGCCCYGAACCAUCCCAAGGAGACUGCAGCCCCUGUGGGAUCACGCCACCUCCAUCAAGGAAAAGCGCCAUCCAACCGGGAGAAACCCCUCCCGGGGCGUUUGGGGGCAGCGCUGGGGUCAAACCCCUCUUGGAUGGCAGCACCAGGACUUCUYYGGUCUCUUCUUCCCCUCCUUCCUCRGUGGCUAGAGAAGCCCKUUGGGAGCCCACGAGUGGACACGUGGCCAUCACCCCAGUGCCUUGAGAGAUGAUAUUUUGUGUACAAAGAACCCAUUUGUAUCCAUGUUUUAUAUUUAUAUUGCCCACCUGAAAACGCUGAUGCAGCAGCUCUUCCCCACCUGGCUUGGAUCCCUCCGAGAGUCCCCAGGUCCUGCAGCACAGGGACCUGUGYCUGUUUUCCAGACAGGCAACCCAARGGCUGGAGGCCAAAGCCAGCUCUAAAGUGCUUAAGGGACAGGAACUGUAAGAUCAGCUGUGUUUGCCAAWUUUUUCCAUCUUGUAUGGAAGGAUAGGAACCACUUUUCUCUGUUGGAGUUGGACAAUUAGUUUGGUUUUAUGCACUCUGGGGUCACUUUAUUUCUCGGUUUGGGGGGGAGGGUUGUCAGGUGGCUGCUGCGGAAUAACUUCUUUUAUGAAUCAAAAGAUUCUGCAUGAAAGUGUGGGUUUUUUGGGGUUAAAUAAACUUUGCAGAUCACAACCAGCAGGAGCCAAGAUCUGUCUCCUGGUUUCACUUGGUGAAGUAGAAAAUCAGUUUGUGGGUGAUGCCUGGGCUGAGCCUUGGGGUGUUUUCCACCAGGGGAAGGAACGGGUUUGCCUGGAGGCUGCUCUGAGCUGGUGAUG